AGCCGGUCUUUGAUGUCCACGUCCCCGUGGUGUCCGAGUCCUACCGGCUGCGAUGUGUUACGCGCCCCUGCUUUAGAAAAAAACAGAGAAGGAAAACUUCGUAGAAAUGGCGGAGGGUACUACGACUCUCAAAGGCUUGCGAGCCCAAAUGGCUGCAGCUGCACAGGCACAAGCCGAGGAGCGGCGCAGCCUGUCAGGGAACAGCCCAGGACCUACAACCAACACAGCAGCAGCAGCUAAACCUCAGGGGAGUAGGCCAGUCAUCGACGGUGCCGCGCUUCGAAUAGACGACCGACUGCGAGUAGCAAAAGAAAGGCGAGAGGAGGCAGAAAGACAACAGGCUUUGCGAGACUCUCAGAUCAUGGAGCGGGAGCGCAAGUCCAAGAUGCAAGUUGAGCGUCAGUUGGAGGAGCGUCAGAAAAAGGUUGAUGAAGCGCGAAGGAAAGAGGAGCAGAAACGAUUGGCUGUGGAGGAGAAAAGGAAGCUGAAACAGGAAGAGGAAAAGGAGCACUAUGAGGCAGUGAUGCGGCGGACACUGGAGCGUAGUCAGCGAGUGGAGCAGAGGCAGAAAAGAUGGUCCUGGGGAGGACUGUCCACAGACUCAGAUGGACGAACAGGAGACUCUGAUGCCAGCGCCUCAUCUCCAGUAACUAUAGUUGUCUCCCCUGCCUCGCCAGAAAAGCCACCAAGGAGUCGACAAGUGGACAAGCGCUCCACAUCCACCAUGAACUUGAAACAGCCGUAUGAGGCUGGCAUCAGCAAACGCCUAUCCUCCUCCUCUGCCACCCUUAUCAAAUCUCCCGACAAACGUAUUAAGCAGAGGAGUUCAUCUUGUAACCGGUUGCCUAACAGUGGCAACGCUGCUCAGGCCAGUAAGGAAGACGGCAAAAAGCUUCAGGUGGAACAGACAGGCCGUUCCCUCAAGACGAGAAGUUCCUCCCUCACACGAGUAAGUGUGGGCAGAUCACAGACCCCUGCCAAGCCAGAUAAGGGGACAACGGACGAUCAAGCCCGCAGGCCACCGGCCGGCACUGUGGACGGAGGGGUCCUUAGUCGCCUGCUCACCCCCACCCAGGCCUCACUAGCUAGGAGCAAGAGCGCCGCCGCCCUGUCCGCUGAAGGAACAGAUGCUCCAGAGUGUCACCUGUGUCCUCGCUCAGCUUCUGCCAGUCCCCUGCACCCGCCGCGGGGACCCGUGCGAAGCCGCAGCAUUGACCGACAGAAGAGCGGCAUGACCACCUCUGUGUCUGCUGACGGAGCCCUCGACCCUUCACUGAAGGACAAGCAGUUAACAUCACCUGCAGGGCGACGUCCCGCCUCCCCCUCUACCCCCCUGGGGCGUAACCGUUCACCAUCCCCAGCCCCCAACCCCGCCCCAAAGAGGACCCCCUCCCCAGCAGCAUCCAAGCAAACUCCCAAGUCACGCCCACCCUCACCUGGUGCAAUGAAACAACGGCCCCCAUCCCCCCAGCCUGCUACAGCAAAACCACCACCUAUCCAGAAACCGGCUCUCACUCCAACAGGGCCCCCCACCUUGCGAAAGAGGGGCUCCAAGUCCAGUGAUCUGCUUCCUCUCCAGGCUACGUCUCCACAAUCCUCUGAUUCCAGCAAGACCAAAGAGAAAGAUGACGCUAAAGCCAACUCCGCUGCUGAGGCGUCCAAGAUCCUGGCGGAGAAUCGCAGACUGAUGCGAGAGCAGAAAGAGAAAGAGGAGCAGCUCAGGAUACAGAGGGAGGAAGAGGAGAAGCUGAGAAAGGAAGAAGAGAUGCGUUUAGCAGAGGAGGCUCGACUGAAACGCCUGGAGGAGGAGAAGAUUCUUGCAGAGGAGAGGAAAAUUCAAGAGGAGGAAGAUGCUCGCCUGGCAGAGGAGGAGCGGGUGAAAAUGGCAGAGGAGGAGGCCGUGAAACAGGCCGAACUCCAGAAGGAGCGGGAGGAGGCCGAGGCCAAGGCCCUGGAGGAGGCGGAGAGAGUCCGUCAGGAGAGAGACCGCAUCAUGCAGCAGAACCAGCAGGAACGAAUGGAGAGGAAGAAGAGAAUUGAAGAGAUAAUGAAGAGAACAAGGAAAGGAGAACAAAGUGAUUCUAAGAGAGAGGGAGGAGAUGAUGAUGAUAAACAGGACGAUGACGAUGACAGAGAUGACUGCGACAGCCAGAGUCAGACAGAUGAUAUGGGCAUGGAGGAUGACAAAGACAGUGAGUGUGGUAUGUCCUCUGGUGAGCCGGGGAUGCAGCGAGAGGAGCCUCUGGGCAGCGUGAAUGGAAAACCAGAGACGGACGACAAGGAGAAUAACAAUGGCAUAAGCACAGAUGACACUCAGGCAGUGAGUCCGGUCCCUAAGGGCCGCCUCGUCGAGGGCUCGGAGUUCCUGAACGAGCAGGACUCUGAGAAGGUGGGGUUGGUCUCAGGUCUUAAUGGUAAAUCAAACCAGUGGAGCUUUGAGGAACUCAUCGAUCUCAACGUCCACUCCAAGGACUGUAACCAGGUCUUGAUCAACUGUGACGGGAACUCAGAAGGGACCAGGGUAGCCUUCGAGGACAAGGGAACCCCCGUCAACACCCUGCAUUCCUCUAAUCAACCCAUAGAAGCCCUGUCAGAGAUUUGAUGCUGCAGACAUCGUUGAGAAGCCUCUUACUGUUGCACUCGUAAAGUUCCUGUCCACCUGAGCUCCUUUUAAAAACAAAAAAAAGUCCUCUACCAGUUCCAAACAGCUUCCUCCUCCUCCUCCUCCUCCUCCUCCUCC